AUUGUCUCAAUCUUGAGUCUGAAUCUCGGUGAUGGAAAAGAGUGUGAACAUGUUUGGGAAAAGCGAGUCCCCGAGAUCACCGACUAGGCUGCAGAGGCAAGCUCCCUCAGCUCUGAAUCUUGACCGUGUUCCCGAGAAUCCCUUUGUGCAGCAGUCUUGUGAUGCAGUUGCAGGUGCAGCUAUUCCUCUGCUUUCACCUCUCUUUGUGUCUCCAAAUUCGCACUCUUCUCACUCUAAACAAGGGCACAUAAAUCCAAAUCCACACGCUUCUCCCUCUAGAGAAGGGCACGAUUUUACGUUUCCGGCGAGUAAUAGUGAGAAGAACGGAUCUCAGCCUUCAAUGGACCACAAGGAAGGGUGGCAGCAUUCGGCUAAGGCCGACCAUACUGACCAGAUGAGUCUCUUGAAUAUGUUUCAGACCAAGUUCCUGCUUGUAGAUCAUUCACAGUGAGGGUUUUAGCAUUUAUGAUGGUCUCUUGAUGUUUUUCUUGCUUAACCCAUUUCUCAAGAUGCUGUAAUAAGAUAUUAGCUAGAAA